CCAACCUUGGCGAACAGGUGUUGCGGUGUUGCGAUUGACCCGGGCGCCAUGGGACCGCCAUGAUGCUUACCACGAUUGGUGCCCCACUGGCGCCAGUGCCGGAAAAGAAUGCGGGCAGCGCUGGCCUGCACGUAGCAUCCACUGUGUCAGGCGAGCGGAGACCACGUCCGCAGCUCCCACCAGUUCUGGAAGGCGAUGUUCCUGUGUGCAAAUCCCCGGAAGCCAGCUCACCUUCGGCAGCCAGCAUAAGUGCUGAGCCCUUGCGUGUGGAAGCUUGGCCCUCCGAUAGCGAAGCCAGCGCCAGCGAGUCCGCGGUGAGCAUUGCCGAGUCCAAUGCGCUCAGCGUUAGCGCCCGCUCGCUCCGGCGCAUGACGGAGCCCAACGUGCCGUACAAUGACGGCCGCAAGAAGAGCCCAAGAAGCUCACUGCUGAACAAGCUGAAUUCGGUGUCAAAGAGAUCAGCGGUGGAGAGCAAAUCAAGCCUGGGAGCCACACGCACAGAGUCCAUCCCGGAUGAGCGCAACCUGCAUCGUUCCACCACGCAGACCGAAAGAAAUAUGAGGCGUGCUGCUUCUGCGCCACCCCAGUCGCUGCGCGACAUGAGCGCGGAGAGCACGUUCUCAGGCUUGCCGGGCAGUCGCAAGCAGCUGUCCACUGGGGAGCAUGCCACGCCGCCCCGGGAGCAACGGCGCAGCGUCACCGGCUUCAACGAACGAAGUUCGAUGUCAGGCAAGCUGAAGGUCAACUUGCCCUCCCGACCGGCUUCUGCCAGCCGGGAAUCCAGCAUGGCAGCAUCGGCCUCCGUACCGCGGCUGCCCUCGCAGCGAAACAGCAAGCUGGAGACAUUCCGCGCGCAGCGCAGCGCCGCACCGCACUUGCGCAUGGCGCUGAGCGAGGACGUGAAGGAUGCCUUCCGCAGGGCCCUGCUGCAAGGCACCUACCAGCCCCGCUGCGCCAAGCUGGGCUUUGUUGGGCCUGCGCGUGCGGGCAAGACCUCCACGCUGCGGGCGCUGUCCGGCUUGCCGCUCAGGGCGGAAGAAGAGACGACUCCUGGCCUAGCCUGCUGGGCGCUCUCUCAGGAGUUGCUCUCCGCAGCGCCUGGGCACCGCUGGCAGCUGCAGGAGCAAGGAGCUGCUAGCACUGCGAGAUGGGACCGGGGUGUGGCAAAGUAUGUGGCUGACAUGGUGCGCCAGACUGCCUCCGGGCAAGCGAGCGGUGUCAAACCAGCUUCAUGCAGCGACACCCUCGAUCCGGGUGUGAUGAAGCGGAUGCCGGUUGACCUUAUCGCCAGGCGUCUCGGCGAGACGAAGAACGGCAGCCCCUCACAGGAUGAGAAGACCGUGGUCCUUGAGGCCUACGAUUUUGGAGGGCAAGAGGUGUAUUAUGCUAUGCACCAUCUCUUUUUGAGCGACUACGGCAUCUACUUAGCUUGUGUCGACCUCUCGGCUUUGAGACUCUCAAUGGAGGCAGAGUGGACGGAGAGCUCCAAUGAUGAGCUUGAGGAAGGCGAUAAGUCUACACAGACCUGGGAUGCGCUGGAGUGGUGGCUUGCGUCUAUUGUGGUGCAUGCGCCCAAUUCUCCCGUGGCCAUUGUGGGCACGCACGAUGACUGCUUGGCCCCAUCCUCGCGGCUGAGCGUGCACACGGAGGUGCACGAGCGCAUUGAGGCCUUCUGCAAAAAGCUGCCAGAGCUGAAUGAGCGGCUCCACAUCAACGAGCCUGGCCAAUUGUGCUUCUUCCCCAUCGACAACUCGGGCACGGAUGGAGGUUCGUCUGUCGGGCGGCUGCAGGCAGCAGUGGAAGACAUGGUCUCCAAGCUCAUGCAAGGUGCUCUUGGCAAGCCCAUCCCUUUGCGCUGGAGUCACUUUUGGGCUUGGAUGCAAAGGACCAGCAGCAACAGUAUCCAAGGCCCCUUGAUCGAAGUGGAAGACCUGUGGAAGCGCUCGCAGAAAUACGGCUUCGAGUCACAAGCCGAGCUGCAAGGCUUCUUGAAGCAUUUUCAUGGCCUGGGGAUGUUGCUUCACUUCCCGGAGGUGGAGGAGCUUCGUUACUUGGUUUGCCUCAAGCCUGCCUGGGUUGGAGAGGCUGCAGCUGCUGUGCUGACCGCCAAAGACAAGGUCUUCCAGGGGUGCGUCCGGCAAUGCGCAGAGCUCCGCGAGAAAGGCCUGCUCCAUACGCAGCUGCUGUCAGCCGUUUGGCGUACCAGGCCCUUCGCAAAGUACAACCAGCAGCUGGUAGGCCUUCUGCAGGCCCUAGACCUGCUGCUGGCCUGGGGCCACGACAAGCAGACCCAACAGCAGACACCCAGGGGCCCGGGCCGCCACGCGGAUGUGCAGAAGCUCUUUCUGGUGCCCUCGCAGUUGCCGCGGCGGCAGCGUGAAGAAGUAGAGGCUGCCAGCCAGGAUGCCGUGGUGUUGUACCUCGACUUCCACGGCCUGCUUCGACGCCUGCUGCCGACGCUGAUUCCGCGUUUGCUUUGCAGCUUGAGCAGGGUCGAAUCCGGCGUGCAGAUCCUUUCCAUUUACGCCAAUUAUGCACGCUUCGCCAUCUCCACCCAGGGACAGGCACGUGGCGACUCCCUGCGAUCUUCGGGGGGUCGGCGGACCAUGUCGAUGCUGCUGGUUUCUGUGCAGCCCUGUGGGGAGUUCUUGCGCUGCUGCCUGCGGCCUCGGCGCGGGGCCGAGGCACGGCUGUCCUUCAAGCACGUGGUCUGGCUCUUGCACAGCUUUCGGGAUGCCGUUGCUGCAUGGAUGCCGAGGAUCAGCUUCAGGGCUGGCAUCCGCUGCCCCACCUGCACUGCCGGCCACGCCCAUGUGCUGGACCUGCACUCCCUCCUACGUGAGGAGGACCUGGUGGUCUGCACCAGGUCCGGUGACUUGGUGGAAGAUCUGCCCAGCUGGCUUCUGGACUGGCGCCAGCACCAUCAACAUCGCCAGCAGCCUAGCUCGCCGCGUGCGAGAGAGGAGGAGCCUGACUCCAAGAAGCAAAGUACAAGCAGCGCGAGACCUCCGGGCGAGGUGGCGCUGCAGCUGGAGUACCUCUACGCCUCACCUUUGGACCUCGCACCUCUGGACAUCCGAACGGAGAUCGAAGCGUUGGCCGCCAUCCCAGGGCUUCAGCUUACUGUGCGCACAGCGACCACCGAAACGUUAGCGGAGGUGUGGAGGACGGAGCGUGGCUCCAGUGUGCGCGUGCUGGUGCUCGCUGCACACUGUGCAGUCUCGGCCCUGGCACAGCCCUCGCUGAUGCUGGAGGACAACGUGGGCCAUGCCCACGUUUUGGGGUCGCGUGACUUAGACGACCUCAUUGCACUGAAUGGCCCGGAGGUGGCCGCAGGUGGAAAGCCCAGUGCCUUUGAUGUGGUGCUGGUGGACGCCUGCCACUCGGAGGCCUUGGCACGGCGCUUCGUAGAAGACGGCGCGGGCUGUGCUGUGGGCUGUGCCGGUGAGAUCUUUGAUGCUGCGGCCAGGGAGUUUCUUCGCAUCUUCUUGCGCUCAUUGGCCGCUGCCGCGGUUCCCGUGGCAGCUGGGAGCACUGGUGCCACCAGCGCCGCAGCCGCAGCCUUCCUGGCAGCACAGCGAGCAGUGCGGCUGUCCCCACAGCCGGGGCUGCGCUCGGAGGCGGAACGCUUCUGCUUCGUGCCGGAGCUGCCCGCCUGUGGGGAGCCGCGGUUGCCAGCAGCGCUGAAGAGCUCCGGCGAGCAGUUAUUCAGCCAUCUUCCACCUGCAGUUGAGGACUUUGUCGGUAGAGGCUCGACAAUGUCUGCUGUGGCUACCGCAUUCCUGCGACAGCGAAGAGUGGUGUGGCUGCACGGAAAGGCGGGCAUCGGCAAAUCGGCUUUGGUCUCCGAGUUCUGCCGCUUCUAUGCCAUGCCUGGGGACAGGCUCUUCUCCCCACGCCGCGUCUUUGUGCCCGACGAGGCCGAGGCCGCUGCGGGUGCCGCAACCCGUGGAGGCGCGCGGCUGCUGCGUCUGUCUGGCCUGGGCCCAGCGGUGGCGCUGCAACGACUCCGCGAUGCUUUGCGAGGCUCAGUUCUGCUGCUGGCUUUGGACGGGGUUGAUGAGAGCUUUGCACUUGAGGAUGGGCAGGCAGAGGAGCUGUGGAAGUGCCUUGGCGAGGCCUUGGCAGAGACCUCUCUCAAGGUGCUGCUAGCCUCGCGGUUCCCACGCUAUGACGCGCCCAUUCCCGGCAAGGUGGUUGCCAUAGAAGUACAGCCACUUUGCCGCGAGGACGCUUGCCUGCUGUUGGCCCGACGAGCGCACCGGCCGCUUUUCCAGCGUGACCUGGACAGCAGCAGCCGGCCCAACGGCGAGCCGCUGGCACUUACGCCACGGCGUCAGCUGCUGAAGCGCAUGGCUCAGCACCCGUUGGCUGCCGCCGUGGGUGGCGCGCCUGCGGACAUCAUUGCUGCAGCGUCGAAGGUCACGCCUCAGCUCACGUCGCUCUUCGCGCAUCCUUUGCUGCAGGAUGAACCAUCAGCACCAUGCGAAGAGUGACUUUGCAUACUCGCGGAUGCUCCAUUCUGUCCCGGCUUUGUGCGCUUAGAUUUUGUGGGUGGGGUGCCGGAUGGCAGGACCUUGGCUCAGCCCAGGGCCACCCACCAAGGCUUCUCAUACCCCAUCUGGAUUUCGCAGUAGGCUUGCCCGCUGUUCUUAUGAAGCCAGCCGAGCAUGUACAGUCUGCCUCGGGGCCAAGAUGGCAAAUGGCCAGCCAGAUUUUGCCGAAUUCAAGCCCUGACCUUGGGACCUUGGGACCUUGGGACCUUCGGACCUUCGGGUCAGGGCAACGCGCAGGCAGUUGGGCCGUGCAUCUCCGGAGCUGGGGCACGCCCGGAGGUUGGAGUUCUUGGUCUUUG